ACUAUAUAUACUAGUUGCUGACUUGCCCGACUUACUGUGCUACAAGCACUUGUGUCGAAGACUCGUAUAUAUUUGUCCUCGUUACGUUUGCAGCUGCUUUUUAUCCUUCACAGACGCAGUGACGUUGUUGUGGAACCUUUCAGGGGAAUGAGCAGGAAUGACAGCCGCCCUCAGGUGGCAGAUUGGCGCCAGUAUGGCAGAGGAAUGAGCAGUAAUGACGGCCGCCCUCAGGUGGCAGAUUGGCGCCAGUAUGGCAGAGGAAUGAGCAGGAAUGACGGCCGCCCUCAGGUGGCAGAUUGGCGCCAGCAUGGCAGUGGAAUGAGCAGGAAUGACGGUGACUCUCAAGUGGUAGAUUGGCGCCAGCAUGGCAGAGGAAUGAACAGGAGUGAUGGUGGCCCUCAGGUGGCAGAUUGGCGCCAACAUGACAGAGGAAUGAGCAGGAAUGACGGCCGCACUCAGGUGGCAGAUUGGCGACAGCAUGGCAGACGAAUGAGUAGGAAUGACGGUGACCCUCAGGUGGCAGCUUGGCAGCGGCAUAGCAGAGGAAUGAGCAGGAAUGACGGUGACCCUCAGGUGGCAGAUUGGCGCCAGCAUGGGAGAGAAAUGAGCAAAGAUGACGGCCCCCCUCAGUUUACAGAUUGGCUACAACGUGUAAGAGACGACUGGGAUGGUAUAGAUGUUCCCUUGGGCUCUGCUCAAGUUGGUACCAGAAACCCAAGUACAACCAGCAUAAGAAAUGUUGAACUCCUUGGAACGUUCUCCGUUGAUGAGCAGCGGAAGUAUAGCCACGACGAUUCGCAGCUUAAGUUCUUAGAUCCUACGUUCCUGAACUUCCAUGAUAUGGAGGUUAAUAUGGACUUGAACAGAGCCUAUCAUCUGAAUGAGAUGCCAGAUUUCAGCGUCGGGGAGAGACUGCAUAACACAUUAAGAUGGAUCCUUGAUAAAAAAGAAUUCUUGGUCGAAAAGGGCCCAGUUUCAAGGAUACCACUAGACUUCAUUGGAGAACGCCAUUUAUUUGUGAAACUGAUGAUGGCUCCAUUCAACAGUCAGCUGGACCAGAGGGACUAUGAAGACUGUGCAAUUUAUGCAACCAUGUUCCAUGGAACAGUUUACUUCAUGGAAUGUAAUCUGUAUGAAUUGGAGACCUACUACCCUUCAGAGUAUUUCAGGUCAACGUAUUUAUGGGCAUUCAAAUUUGAGCAAUAUUUGAGCGGAGGUCAGUGUGCCACAAAUGAAGGAUUGCAUACCAACACAGAGCACCACUGUGAAGUCAAAGUUGAAAUUGGGGGGAGAUCAAUUUUGGUGGAUGCAAUGCAGAAUGUUGCUGAUGGAGUCAGAGAUCAUUGCAGUGACCCGGGGGCUUACAUCAUUAUGAAACAUCACCCAGAUAAUAAGUGGAUAACCGCAUUCAAACACAAGAUGAUCAGUUCUUGGAGUAGAGGAGUAUUAGCAGGAAGUGAAUACCUAAUACUGGGAUACCGAACUCGUGGAGUCGUACAGAAACUUCAGAAAAUUAAGAUUCGCGAUUUACCAGCAACAGCUGGUAUUUCUCCAGACACUGCCUUAAGCUUCCUAAACAAAGUCCUUGAUUUCAUCAAGGCAAAGGUGUCACAGAAACCAGGUAAGGUUUUUCUGGUCUACAAGAAUGACAAGAAAGUAUACUGUUUUGAUGCUGAAGACGCCAUGGAGCAAGGGACAGUUCCUUGUGUCCUACCUGAUUGGUAUAAAAAUCAGAUCUUUGCCUAAUGUGUCAUGAGAGUUUUUCAGACCAAGGCAUUCAGUCCAAUUCAGUCCAGCAGAGAUGUGUAUAAAAAUCAGAUCUUUGCCCAAUGAAUCGCAAGAGGCGUACUGACCAGGGCUUUCAGACCAGCAGAAUGGCAGUGGUAUUGAAAGUUAUUGGCGUGGGUUCUAGAAAAAAAAAAUUUGAUUUGGUUCAACUCUUGAAUCAAAUGCAGUACCUACUGUAUCACAAGAGACUUUCAGACCAGUAGAAUGGCAGUGGUAUUGGAAGUUACAGGUGCGUGUUCUAGAGUGCAGUUUGAUCUGGCCUAACACAUACGUCAAGUACAGUACCUAAAUUAUCACAUGGGUUCUGGAGAGAAAUAUGGUUUGCCCUAACCCAUAACGUCAAGAACAGUAACUAAAUUGUCCCAAUGUUUCUGGAGAGAAAUAUGGGUUGGCCUAACCCAUACUUCAAGUACACUACCUAAUGUAUCAUAAAGGAUUUUCAGGCCCUCAGAAAGGGGUGGAUUCAAGAGAGAUAUCUGAUUCCCAUACUCAAGCAGAGUGUCGUACUCUUGGAGAACAACUUUAAUAUGGCAGCAGUUGAGUAAACAGUGUUGAAGGUCAGUAGGUAAAUGAAGCACCUACUAAUUUUCCAAAGAAUGUAGAAGGAAUAAAGUUAACCCUCUAGGUUUUAUUUGAAUAAAUGAUUCAGGCUUGUAUUAUUUUUGUCUGAGGAAACAUAUUAGUAAAACUUAUAUUGUCAAAUUUUGGUUUUAUCCUGCUCUGAGACUGAGUAGUGCUCGACUGGACGUAAACUCUAUUUCAUUGUGGUUAUAGCUUUUGCCCUAAAAAAAAGUACUCGUACUGUAUAAGCCAAUAUUCAUAAUGUUUGUUCUGCUUUAGGGGAAUGAAAUUUCAUAGUAUUUGCUUUUAUUAAUACAUUGGCAAGUUUUCUUAUAGCAAUAUAUGUCAUUAAUAACAAAGUUUCUUAUUCUGUAAAAAUAAAAUCUAGAUGCAA